ACUUUGAACCUUCACUGCGGACAGAAAGGACAGAUUUCCACCCCUCAAACAAAUGUAAUUUAUGGCUCAACGAUGCAGAUCUUCUCUGCUGAAGUCGUCCUCCUUGUUUUAACACUGUCUUUACCCGUGGAAGCCAAAAAGUGUCCCAGAGCCUGCAGUUGUGACAGCAUCACACUCACAACAGCCUGUGUGGGCAAGAACCUAACAGAUGUCCCCCCGACUGUGGAGGAGAUUACUGUGAAACUCGACCUGAGAAAUAACAACUUGCAGGUGCUGUCCAGGGGGACAUUCAUGCACACACCCUACCUCACCCAUCUCAACCUGCAGCGCUGCAACAUCAUCGAGAUUAAAGAGGGCGCCUUUCGGACUCUUGGCCGAGUGGUCUCUCUAAACCUGGCUCACAACAAAAUUGAAAUCCUUUACCAAGAGUCCUUUGACGGUCUCUCCUCCCUGAAAGAGCUGCGACUUGACAACAAUCGCAUCGAGGAGAUCCAGCCUGGAGCCUUCACACAGCUCGGCUUCCUCAACACACUGGCCAUAACCCACAACCAGCUGGUUUACAUCCCUAACAUGGUCUUCCAGGGGCUGCAGAACAUUAAGUUUCUUCGUCUUAGCCACAACUCUCUGAACAACCUGGCACCUGAGGCGUUUGCUGGGCUCUUCACCCUCAGCCGCCUCGACUUGGAUCACAAUGAGCUGCAGUUCUUCCCCACACAGACAAUGACGAGACUCCGUGAGGUCACACGGCUGCACAUGAACCACAACCCCAUGGUCUACCUCGGGGAAGAUUCCGUUUCCAUGGCAAAGCUUACACACCUGUACCUCAGCCACAUGUCCCUUCAGGACCUCUCAGACAAGGCCUUCUCUCAAGCCCCCCUCCUCUCACACCUUGACCUCAGCCACAACCAUCUUCGGUACGUGGAGCCCUUCUCAGGCCCUAGAGACCUCACCAGCCUCAACCUGACAGGGAACCCCAUCUACUGUAACUGCUACAUGUCUCCACUGAGGCAGUGGGCGAGAGUUAGUGGUGUGAAGCUGCUGGGGGCCUGCUCUGGACCUCCUCACCUCUCAGAUGAGCCUCUGCAGGCGGUGUCUCCUCUGGAUCUGCGCUGCAGGAGGGGGGAGUCACCGGUGGAGGAGGAGGAGAGUACGGAAAGAGUCCCACCCACGGUCACAGCCACUGCCAAGCCAAAGCAGAAGGUCAAGUGUCCAGCUAACUGUGAAUGUGAUACUGAGACCCAGCAUGCCACAUGUGAGGGUCGGGGCCAUACUAGAAUCCCACGAGGCUUCCCCGCCCAGACGCAGUUGCUGGACCUCCACGAUAAUCACUUCCACUACCUUCCAGCCAACAGCUUCCCAGGCAGCAGCCAACUUGUUUCUCUUCACUUGCAGUCCUGCAAAAUCCAUGAAAUUGAAGGUGGUGCCCUCCAAGGGAUGAAAAACCUUUUGUAUUUGUAUCUUUCUGAUAAUGACCUCAUGUCCUUGGACCCCAAGGCCUUUGCUGGAGUGCCCAAGCUCACCUACAUCCACCUGGAGAGGAACAAGCUGGCGCAGUUCCCUGGAUCAGCUCUGUCACUCUUACCAAGUCUGGUUGUGUUACAUCUGGAGCAAAAUGCCAUCUCUAAACUUGAGACCAGUGGGUUGCUGUCCUCACUGGGCUCUAAACUUACUGAGUUAUAUCUGGGCAAUAACAACUUAACUUACAUUGCCAAGGGCGCUCUUGACUCUGACUCUCUAUGUACCCUUCACCUGGAUUCAAAUCAGCUGACUGAGGUGCCCACCCACGCUCUGCUUGAGACCCCUAAUCUGCAGGAGCUCAACCUCUCUGGGAACUCAGUUCGUUGGGUGGGACCAAAUGCUUUCCAGCCCUUAUCCAAAAGUCUGAAGAGACUUUACAUGGAUCAUAUGGGAAUGGAAAAGAUCUCCAAGGAUGCACUGCUGGGGCUGGCCUCAGAGCUGCGGACUUUGACUGUGAGAGGAAACCAGCUGGAGGAGUUUCCUGAUCUGAGCCCACUCACCGGCCUGGAGAUUGUGGACCUGCAGGACAACCCACUGCGUUGUGACUGCUCUCUGCUUCCUCUGCGCAGGUGGAUGGAGAAUGUUAGUUUGGAGCUGACCACAACUUGUGGUCACCCUCCUGAGCUCAGAGGUCAGAAGGUCCGGGGCAUCCACGUCUUCAAGUCCUGCCCAGAGAACAUUUCUCCACCAGAAAAGAAGAGUGCUGCAUAUCCAAAAGUGAAGAAAUCCAAAGCAGACUCCUUGAAAUCCCGAAAAGUCAAAGCACAGACCACAGCUAAAGUCACCAAACUGCCCAGGAAGCAGCCUCAAAGAAAACCUGGGCCACCAAAAGUAACAAAGAAAAAGAAGAUACUGAAAUGAGAACAUGUAACUCAUUUUCCUUUUCCUCUUUUUUUGCAAUAAACCUGAGUGUUAAG